GAUUCACGAGAAGCCCUCCAGGCCUGCUUGAUCGAAUGGACUGGCUUCCAAUGUCUCCCCGGAAAUUCGAAUUCCUGCCGAGAUUUUGCACCAAAUUUGGCUGCAAGCAGUCGUGACUCUGGGAUUUCACAACGCAUAACACCUUGGAAUUUGUAGCUGACUCUGUCCCCGAACGGAAAAAAAAGAAAACCAAAUUCAUCUUGCUCGGAUUUGAUCUCUUUCAGCCAUAAUGAAUUCCAUCUACAGGCUUGCAAACACGCUCUCUCACUUGGUCACGGAGCUGCAAGAAUUUUAUGCAAGGGUCGAUGCUAUUAGCGAUCCAAGAACUAAGAAAUGGCUCUUUGUACCAUCCAUAUGGUCACCCAUUAUAGCAGUUUUAGUUUACUGGCUUCUUGUUUGGCUGCUCCCAAAGAUUAUGAGGUCCAGAGAGGCUUUUCAACUCACAAGCUGCUUAGUAAUAUACAAUGCUGCUUUAACACUUCUGAAUUUAUACAUCUUUGUUGAGGUCUUGGUUGCAACUACAGAUGCUGGUUACAGUUAUUCCUGUCAAGAGCUCUCAAUGACUUAUAAGCCAAAGGAGAUGAGGAUUGCCUCAGUUCUUUGGUGGUUCUAUUUCUCCAAAAUUGUGGAGCUUUUUGACACAAUGUUUUUCCUCCUUCGUAAGAAGAACAACCAAGUAUCUUUUCUUCAUGUGUACCACCACACAACAAUGGUUUGUCUAUGGUGGAUUGGAAUCAAAUGGGUUGCUGGUGGGCAGUCCUUUCUUAGUGCAAUGAUUAAUUCCCUGGUGCAUGUAUUCAUGUACACAUACUAUGGGAUGUCAGCCAUUCCAAGUCUGCGGAAAUACCUUUGGUGGAAAAAGCAUUUGACACAGUUUCAAUUGAUCCAGUUCUGUAUUCUUCUGUGUCAUGGUGUUGUGUCACUUCGCGCCAAGUGUGACUACCCCCUGUGGAUGCAGUAUGCCUUGAUUGGUUACAUGAUCUCUUUCCUUAUCCUCUUUUCAAAUUUCUAUGUUCAGUCUUAUUUUGCUAAGAAGUUUAAGAAGCAAAAACCAAUUGAAGCAAAUGGAGAAAUUGUAACAAAUGGCUCAGCUAACUCUCUUGAAGAAAAGAAGAAACACGUCUAGUCUGGGAUAUUUGCUAGGUCUGGUACUGUAGGCAGGGCUCUCAAGUGUCAUGCAAUGGGUGAGACUUACUCAAACUAAUCCAGAACUAUUAGUUCUCAGGCAAUUAAGGUUUCUGAUUUUAAUUGUUGAUUUUUGAACAGCAAACUGCUGCCUUAGUUAAGUAGUUAUAAAAUUAAUGAUCCCUUUGUAUUUGCUUCGAACACAGUGGAAAUCUUGCUCUAAAUAAAGGAAUGCAAAUCUUGGUUGCUUCCUUUUUUCAGAGUAUGCCCCCUUAACUCCUAAGGUAGGUGCUGCCUGUGGUGUUUCACUCUACCAGCAAAUUAACUUGAGAGCUCUGUUUGUAAUAUAAAAAAAAACAAUAAUAAAAUAAAAACAAAUCAACAAAGAGAGAAAGAAGAAAACAUUUUAAUAUAUUAAAUAAAUAGAAGGCACUUUAGGUACAGCCUUAUUGACUAGAAAUUAUUUGAGGCAUGUACAUGUUGUGUAUUAUUUUAACUUGCUUGGCAAGUGCUGCAGAUUAUUUUUGAUCUCAUUCAUUCUAAAAUAUACACAAGGAAUUUAGAAAUCACCUUUAAACAGAAUGCAAUUCCUUUGCUUAGCUAUGAUCAAAGCUUUCUGUUUGAAUCUUUUUGAAAAUGGUGAUGUUGUGGGCAGUUCCUAUGUGAAGUUAUUCUUCUGUAAAAAAUUAUUGGAUAGAGGACUGGGAGUAACAGCUAAUUUCUCCUUACAUUGUUUGUAUAUUACCCAGAAGAGGUUUAACCCUUUAGCUCCCAGCUCAAAUUUGUAAUUCUCCUUAACAUCAACCAUACAAUUCUUAUGAUGUUAGUUCAGAGAAUUUAACAUUGAAUCAACUGAUUAUCCCCAAAUUGAUAUUUUCUCUAUUCUCAUCACUUAUCUGAUUGAUAUUGUAUUGAUAUUGUAAGGAGAAGUUCUGUCUCGGUCACUCAUGGGAGUUAAAUGGUUAAGGAAUUAGCAGAAAAUAAGCCAAGAGUUAUUCUAAUAGGGCAUUGACACAAGAUAAUCUCAACUGUUCUACAUGGGAAUGAAAUGGAAGGAGCAUUUAAAAGUGAAGACGAGUGAAGGGUUUGGUGAAGGUGUAAUGAAAGAGGCUGAGCAAGGUUUUUCAGGAUAUGUCUGCAGGCCAGACUGUCAGUUUCCAGUGCUGCCUCACUGCAGCUAUGAAAGUUAGGAAAUAGAUCCCUUUUUACCUACCCCACCUGAUCUUUUAAUCGUGAUAUUUUUUAUGCAGUCAAAACAGUUGUUAUUUUGGUGCAAUGCACUAUAGUAAUGAUGUGAAAGCAAAGAUAAACAUUUUUAGAAUUAUUGCAACUAUCAAGAGUUUACAGGAAAGGAAUGGUGGAAAUAGAAUUAUUUCCUCUUUAAGGCAGGUGUUUAUAUAAAUUUAUUCUUAAUAUUGAUAAAUCAAAGAAAUUUUAUUCCACUUUUUUUUUAAAAUAAAUUUAGUAUCUAAAAAAAUAUAUAUAUGCAAAUUGGGUAACACUAGAGACCAAGGUUUAAGAAUGAGGACAACAGAACAUUUUGAUAAUGUAAUGUUUAUUACAAACAGUUUUUUCUUUCUUUUUCAUACAAAAAAUAUCUAAUCAAGCUAAAUUGUUAUUUAUCGUGAAAACUAAUUGUCCAUCACUCACAAGAAACAGUGGUAACUGUACAGUGAUUUAAGCUACAGUGUUCUUAACUCAUGCAUGAAGCUUAUCUACUUGUAUCAAACUAAAAUAUUGCGAUUAUUAAAUGGUCAUUUUAUACACACGAAA